AUGUUGAAAAAAUUUCUUGGAAAAAAAAAAUCAUCAACUGUUCAAAUUCCAGAACGGCUUAGUUUACCAGAUAUCAAUGAAAGACGAUCAGAAAGAAAUGAAGAAGAUAUAACAUUAUUAUUGUUUUACGAUGGUGAACUAACUGAAAAUUCUGAUUUAAUUACAUUAAAAGGUUUAUUAAGGUCUGUUAAUGAUUAUGUUCAGUUUUAUAACGAUGAAGAUGAAUGUCUAGAAUAUAGUCGGUCAAUUGAAGAAGAAAAAAUAUUCAUUAUUAUUGAUGGUCCAUCAGCAGAAAAGAUUUUACCAAGAAUUCACACUCUCGAACAAAUUGUUUCAAUAUUUUUAUAUCGUACCAACUCUAAUUAUGAAUCGUUAAUCAAUGAUUAUCCAAAAAUUGUUGCCCUUUGUACAGAUCAACAAGAGUUAAUAAAAGAAAUACGUACAGCAAUAGAACAGGUGAUAAAACAAACAGCUGCAUUUAGUUUAUAUGAUCAAACCGAAAAGUCUACGAGAGAUUUAACAAAAGAAUCGGGUUCAUUUUUAUUUUUUCAAUUAUUUAAACAAAUUUUAUUGGCAAUGCCAAAAACUGAUAAAGACAGACGUGAAAUGAUAUCAAAAUGUCGUGAUUAUUAUCGUGGUAAUCGAAAAGAAGUAAACAAUAUUAACGAGUUUGAAGAAACAUAUAAAUUCAGUGAAGCUAUCCAAUGGUACACAAAAGAUGCGUUUGUUUACCGCCUUGUUAAUAAAUCAUUACGUACCGAAGAUAUUGAAGCAUUAUACUCUUUAAGAUAUUAUAUUAGUGAUUUGUGUUUACAGCUUGCAAUGAAACACAAAGAAUUUAUAAAAUCAUUAUCGUCAAUGAAUUUAACUUUGUAUCGUGGUUUUAAAGCAUCGAAAAAUGAUAUGCAAAUAUAUAAGAAUAAUGUUGGCAAUCUGAUAUCAACAAAUGGAUUUCUGUCAACAAGUGUUCUAAGAGAAGUGGCAUAUGAUUUUGCUAGAAAACCAUCGAAAAGAAAAGAUAUUGAGGCACUCCUAAUUGAGAUUCACGUCGAUUUAAACUUGGUUAAAACAAUUGUUUUAGCUGAUAUUUCCAAAUAUAGCAUAUUUGCGAAUGAAAAAGAAAUUUUGUUUGACUUAGGUAAGAAUAUGUAG